UGCGGUGCCACCUGCUGCGUGAUACAGGGGCCAAGCCGGCCAGGUGGUGCUUCCCCAAGUCCUCCUCGGGUCGGUCCUGCCCGGUCUUCCUUCCUCCUACUUUUCCCCAGCACAAACAAAAGAAAAAUGGAGUUAGCCAUGGCCGCCGCCUACACCUCGUGCCUGGGCCUGCCCCCCGCCGCGCACCCGUACGACGACGCAUCCGUGGCCUGCGCCCUCGGCCAGCUCUACUCCACCAAGGAUCCGUUCGCCCUGCCGGUCAGCUGCCUCCUCCCGCCCCCCGAGCUGCCGCCGGCCUUCGGGUUGCCCGUCGGCGGCCUCGCCCCCGUCUGCUGCUGCGCCAAAGCCGCGGGGCCCCCCGCGUUCCCGCCCUUUCCGUGGGCGCACGCGCCCUCGCCGCCAGCGCCGCCGCGCUGCGCCAUCACGGAGAUCGACGAGUCCCGGGAGGUGGAGUCGGAGGACAACCUCUCCCCUCGCUCUGUCCUCACGCCCUGGAGGAGGCCGACGCCCGCCUCGCCGCUGUCUCCGCCUCCGCCUCUUGUGGUCGGGGGCAAACGGGCCUUCGACCCAAGCAGCGAGAAGACUUCUCUGAUGAUCUGCAAUAUCCCCAACGGAUUCGUGAAGCGGAGGUUCAUGGCGAUUCUGGACCAGCAUUGCGUCCAGGAGAACGAUAAUCCUGAAUGGCGUGUCGUUGGCGGUGGCAAGUUCGUGAGGUCGGAGUAUGACUUCCUCUACAUCCCAAUAGACUUCAGAAAGAGGAGGCAAAUCGAAACCUGCUGCAGUGGGGAACAAAACUGUUUGAGCUGGUGGCUACUGGCUAGUGAUGUCUUUGCUUCGUCGCGAGGAUGGAGGCCUACUCACCUUACCGUAGGUGCUUAGUGUGCUUGGUUACCCGAGAUGUUGUGAUCAAGUUUAGAUGGUUCUUUUGUGGGUGCAUGAGUAUCUUCUAGUAUCUGUAUCCUAGCUUGGAGAUGUUGGUUUCAUUUGCCUUCCCUAGGUAGCAGCUAUGCUUGGUGGUUCUGCCAUCCGAUUUCCUUUGAGUUGUCACUAACUGUACUCAUCUGCCCAGAACUUUGUUAGAUUGGUGUCUGCAUCUGUUCGUAUGUUA